AAGUAUUUGACUGACUUCAUUUUGUAAAAUUGUAUUUUAUUUUCACAAAACAUUGAUUUUAUAACAACAAAAGAAAGUCUUACAGCAAAGUGCAUUUAAAUAAAAGUAACAUGGUUUACUUACACUUUCCUUCCAAUCUGACAGAGGAAGAGUUAAUGUUACAAGCUAAAUAUCAGAAGUUGAAAAAGAAAAAAAAAGCUUUACAAGCUUUGAAGGCACCUAAACAAGAACCUGAGAAGCCGAUAUUGCCCAAAAGACCAACUGAAGCGCGUGAUGCUCGAGAAAUUGCUCGAAAAUUGAUAAAGAGUGGAGCUAUUCAAGCAAUAAAGAGUCCUCCACCACAGCCACAAAACGCCACAUUUAAGCGACCCAGAGCAGGCAGGGAGAGAAAACUCAGUGGAUCUGCAAGUGCUGCAGGUGGGGUGGCCUCUUACCAACCAUUCAGUGCUUCUCAAGAGCCACCACCUCCUGAAGAAAAGCAGGCUCCACGUGUUAAAUAUCUAUAUGACUCAUUUGUCACAGCCAGGGAGAAUCCAAGAGAUGAGAAGUCCCCUCGUACACCUCUGCCGGUUGGUGCUGAAAGCCCAGCUCCGGCAGCCGGGGUAGGCAGAAGUUCAGUACUGCUUGUAGCGGGUGCCCGCAUCUCGGAAGAAACUAUAAGAAGGCGUCUGGCUACAUAUGAGCCUUUUUCAUUUACACAAGAGCCUGAUGAUGAGAAAGCUUUCUUGUCAUUUGAAACACCAGAGAUAGCAGCUCAAGCCCUCACAUCGUUGGAUGGCUUGGAAGAUGGCUGGCGUAUAUCGGUCGCGCGAGGCAGGCCGCCGACACAGGCGCCUGGUUGGACCCCUUCGCCCUCGCCUCGCAACCCACCGCCGCCUAAGGACGCUAAGCGGACGCUCUUGACCUAUGAUGAUAUAUUCGAUUAAAUGCAGCAUAAACUGUU